CUGUGAGUCUUCUGUACUCCUAUUUCCAUUUAAAUAUCCGCAACUCAUGAUAGAUAAAUCAGUUCAAUUCACAACGGCAGUGAUCAGUAGAAAACAUGAGGACUCUGUCUAAUUUAUCGGUUGUGUUGUGCAGUUUUUUGCUGUUGCAUGUUGCCUCAGCUAUUCCUGCCACCGAAGCUGAAUUAAAUGGUCCAGCUCAGGUUCAGCAACCUGAAGAUCCUGAUAUAGUGAAAAAUAAAAACGGCGACAUAACGAUCGAUGCCUCGAUUCAAUCCAAUGCUUAUAUCGAAGUUCCUGAGUCGGUGGCAGAAAAUUUGUUGAAGGCCAUGGUUGAAGCGUUUCAAAAAAUGCAGAUUUCUGGCCAAACCACAGGCCACAGCCAGGUACAUGUACCUGACGUGAAACCGGUCAACAUACACGAAGGUGCUAAACCAGAGGCUCGGACCUAUUGUAGGACACGCCGUUGCGACUCCCACUGCUUCUAUCGUGGCUACCGUGGCGGAUUCUGUAACAUAUUUUCCAAAUGUUUUUGCUAUUAACUAUAUUUACCGUUUAUGUAACAAAAAAUGACAUUCAAUGUGCAAUAAAAGUGCUUUUUUGUUUCAAAUAA